CCAUUAGCAAGCAGGUUUGUUUUGAUCCCUCUGAUUUCCAUUUUGUUGGGGUAUUUUUUUGCCCUGGACUGUGCAGAGAUUUGGGUUUUUGUACCCACGUUAGGUCUCACAGCCCUGUGACGUCAGCAGUUUCAGUCUCACCAGCUUUUGUCUCUGCUGCUUCCAGAUGGGCAAACACGGGCUAUUCCAGCCCUGGCCUCGAUAACAAGGAAGCUCUGAAUUAUUCUGAACAAAAGGGCAGCAGCUAAACCUAUUAACACCAACUGAAACCAACCAGCUGGCAGGAAAACCGCGUGUGACCAGCGUGGACUGUCUGUGUCCCUCCACUGCCCCCAUGGAUGCUCUGUUGGCCUGGCUCUGGAUUUUACUGCAUUUGUAACAGCAGAGAAUCAUGAAAUCAUUUGGAAAAUUAAGAUCAUGGAGUCCAGGAAGGUGUGGGAGACGACACAGGGAAGGUGCGUAUGAAGGUGUAUCCACAGCUGUGGGGAGGGAAAACAAACCUAAGCAGUCAGAAGGUCACUGUCAAACACGUGGUGGUUUCAGGUGACACAACCUGCCCCAGGUGAUCUGUCAGCACUUCUGAGCAGGCGACUCCCGCAAAGUCAACACUGAAAUCGAUGUAUCACUGGGAAAAAUGCUCACCGCGAUUUGAAGAAUGACAGAACACGGACAACAAAGGAGAACUGAGAGCGGGGCGCUGGAGGGGCCCUCUCUGCUCACGGCGCUCCCCAGGUUCCCAGGUCUGGCAGAUGUGUCGAUAUCCCAGGAUAUUCCAGUGGAAGGGGAGAUCACUGUCCCUGUGGGAUCUCAGUCUCCUGAUGAUGAUUACUCCACACUGGAUGAGCCAGUCAAGGACACAAUUAUGAGGGACCUGAAGGCUGUUGGGAAGAAGUUUGUCCAUGUCAUGUAUCCCAGGAAAAGCAGCGCGCUCCUCAGGGACUGGGAUCUAUGGGGCCCGUUGGUGCUCUGUGUCUCCCUGGCUCUGAUGCUGCAGGGUGGCUCUGCAGACAGCAAGGAUGACGGAGGGCCCCAGUUUGCCGAGGUCUUUGUCAUCAUCUGGUUUGGGGCCGUUGUCAUCACACUCAACUCGAAGCUGCUGGGAGGAACCAUCUCCUUCUUCCAGAGCCUGUGUGUGCUGGGGUACUGCGUGAUGCCGCUGACCGUGGCCAUGCUGGUGUGCAGGCUGGUGCUGCUGGCGGGCGCGGGCACCGUCAGCUUCAUCAUCCGCCUCAUCGUGGUGGGGGCCAUGUUCGCCUGGUCCACCUUGGCAUCCACGGCGUUCCUGGCGGACAGCCAGCCCCCCAACCGCAAGGCACUCGUCGUGUACCCCAUCUUCCUCUUCUACUUCGUCAUCAGCUGGAUGAUCCUGACCUUCACCCCCCAGUGAGCACCAUCCCGAGGGACUGGUACAUGGACUGGACUUUCUCAUGGAUGCUGCAGUGAAUCCUUGGCUUUAUCUCUUUCUAAUUUAUAUAUAGGGUACUGUAAAAAGGCAGGUUGUGGGAUAAAGCCGGAGAGCUGCAAAAAGUGCUCAUUUGUGUGUCCCUCUUUGUGAAAGAUACUGAGGUCCAGCUGCUGAGGGGUUUAUUUAGCCCUGUUCUGUACUGGUGUUAUAUAAACAAUGCCCACUGGGACAGGGGUUGUUCCAUCUGAGGAGACAGCAGGAGAUCCUGGAUUUUCAAGCUGUUGGGAGAUGAAGUUCGUACGACUUGGCAGAUUUCCUGCCUGUGCUUGGAUUCUUACUGAAGAUAAAAAUGCCUUAUCAAACCACAGAACUUCACUGCAGUGAUUUGUGCAGAGGAAAGAGACGUGUCUGACUCCUUUUCAUUCUCUUGUAGAGUGGUGGGAUGCACACCCAGGGCAUUGUGAGACUGGGGCUUUCCCAGGAAAGGAGAAUUCAGUCAAAAUUCAGCUGGGUCCCUUUGCAGGGAAUUGGAGCUGGUGGCAGGGAGUUGCUUUUGCCUACAUCCAUGUGUUGUGUGUCAUCCCUUCAUGUGGCAGGAAAGAAGGUUCCAGCUUGGUGCCUUCAGCACUGCAUCCAUGAGGGGACUGGGCUCACUGCAAGUUCCAGACCUGUGACCAAAGGGAACAAAGCUCAGAGUCCUGCAGAAAUGCUGAGAUUGCUUUGUAGCAGGGGCCGGGCUCUCUCUCUGCUUUUGGGAAGUGAAAAUUCCUUGGAAAGUACCAUGAAUGUGUAUGUAUGAUAAAAACAAAGGGUUCUGUGCAGGAAAUUGAGCACAGGAAUUUCCUGUGCAGGAAAUUUGCUACGCAGGCUGUUUGAAUCUGAAAAACCAUACCAGGGCUUAGGGCCCAAAGUGUUAAAACAGCUUGAAGGAAGGGAAGUAAAUGGUAUUAGAGGUGUUGGUUGCUCUGAAGCAGGAUGUGAAUUCUGCUCUCACCUGCCUUCUUGUGUGACUGUUCCUUUGGUUUUUCAUGGGGUCAGCAAAGAAAUGUGUGCAAAUGUGCAUUUUGUUCCCUUGUACUUCCCAUGAGAUGUCAGACACUGUUCUGUGGGUUGUUUUGAGGGGUUUUAAUUUUGCUUAAUACUUUAAUAAAAGGGAGGAGGCUCCUCCAGUUAGUGCAGGUUCAUUGUGUACCCCUCCUGGGUACAGGAGUGCAAGAGUCAGAUGAAUUUUGGCACAGACAUUGGGAGCUGGGACUCGAUUUUGGGAACUACAGAAAUCAUUCCUGUUGUCUGGUUGUUCUCAGUCAGCAAUCUAUGAAAUAUCUGAGGUGAAAAAGCUGCUGUAAAAUGUCUUUUUUCCUACAUUUGUGCAGACAGACUGAAACUGAGGUCUGUGGGUUCUGCUGAGGUGUGAAUGUGCCUAAUUUCUAAUUACAUGUGCAAAAGCAGCCUGUGCUGUAAACACUGGCAGUGGGUGGGAGCUGGGAUGGAAAUUGCUGAAUUUCAGAUUAAAAGAGCAUUUUUGCAUUUGUGGAUAAUGAGCUGCUGUGUGUGGCAGGACCUGGCUGUGGCACCAGGGGGCUGGAGGGGAGCUGUCGUGGUUCGUAGACAUGGGAACCAUGGAAACGGGAAUUUUUAAGCCUCCAUUAAAUUAUUGCUGGUAUGGAAUGUGGAUUUUCUUUUAAGUGUGCAGUUUUUUGUUCAUUUAAAUGUUAGUUCUUCUUUUUGAAGCUGUAAAAAAGUAUUCAAGAGAGGUGAAUGGUAAAGCUGUUGAUGGCUAUGGUGGGAUUCCUUGAGCCAAAUCUUUCAUGUCUUACAAGAAUUUAACCACACUUUCAAAAAAAUCCUUGGAUUCU